CCCUGGACCCUAUAAGGCCAGGGAGCUGAGGGCAGAGCCAGCUGCCAGCCGGGCCAGUCCGUCCUCUGGGGGACCCCCGCGCAGUCCAGGUGAGCGGGGCUGCGUCUGCUUCAGUGACACCAGGGCGAGGCCAGGCCUGCAGCUUCUCACAUUCUCACUAUGUCUGCUCCGGACGAAGGGAGACGGGAUCCCCCUAAACCCAAGGGCAAGACCCUGGGCAGCUUCUUUGGGUCCCUGCCUGGCUUCAGCUCUGCCCGGAACUUGGUGGCCAAUGCACACAGCUCGGCGAGAGCCCAGCCAGCCACUGAUCCUGCAGGAGCAUCUGCCACCGAGGCUGCCCGACCACAGGCUCAGGUGGCCACCCACCUAGAACAGACGGCCCCAUGGACGGAGAAGGAGUUGCAACCUUCGGAAAAGAUGGUGUCCGGGGCCAAAGACCUGGUAUGUUCCAAGAUGUCCAGGGCCAAGGAUGCCGUCUCCUCCGGGAUGGCCAGUGUGGUGGAUGCAGCUAAGGGAGUGGUCCAGGGAGGCCUGGAUACCACUCGGUCUGCACUCACGGGCACCAAGGAGGCGGUGUCCAGCGGGGUCACGGGGGCUGUGGACAUGGCUAAGGGGGCCGUCCAAGGGGGUCUGGACACCUCGAAGGCUGUCCUCACCGGCACCAAGGACACGGUGUCCGCUGGGCUCACAGGGGCAGUGAAUGUGGCCAAAGGGACCGUACAGGCCGGCGUGGACACCACCAAGACUGUGCUGACCGGCACCAAAGACACAGUGACUACUGGGGUCAUGGGGGCAGUGAACUUGGCCAAAGGGACUGUCCAGACCGGCGUGGACACCUCCAAGGCUGUGCUGACUGGCACCAAAGAUGCUGUGUCCACUGGGCUCACGGGGGCAGUGAAUGUGGCCAGAGGAACCAUUCAGACCGGUGUGGACACCAGUAAGACUGUCCUAACAGGUACCAAGGACACCGUCUGCAGUGGGGUGACCGGUGCCAUGAACUUGGCCAAGGGGGCCGUGCAGGGGGGCCUGGAUACCACUAAGUCUGUGGUCAUGGGUACAAAAGACACAGUGUCCACUGGGUUCACGGGGGCAGCGAACGUGGCCAAGGGGGCCAUGCAAACUGGGCUGAACACAACCCAAAAUAUCGCAGCAGGUACAAAGGACACCAUCUGUAGUGGGGUGACCGGUGCCAUGAACUUGGCCAGAGGAACCAUCCAGACAGGCAUGGACACCACCAAGACGGUCCUAACAGGUACCAAGGACACCGUCUGUGGUGGGGUGACCGGUGCCGCGAAUGUGGCCAAAGGGGCCGUCCAGACAGGUGUAGACACAGCCAAGACCGUGCUGACCGGCACCAAGGACACAGUGACUACUGGGCUCAUGGGGGCAGUGAAUGUCGCCAAAGGGACCGUCCAGACUGGCGUGGACACCACCAAGACUGUCCUAACCGGUACCAAGGACACCGUCUGCAGUGGGGUGACCGGUGCCGCGAAUGUGGCCAAAGGGGCCGUCCAGGGGGGCCUGGACACUACCAAGUCUGUGGUCAUGGGUACAAAAGACACAGUGUCCACCGGGCUCACGGGGGCAGCGAACGUGGCCAAGGGGGCCGUCCAGACAGGUGUAGACACAGCCAAGACCGUGCUGACCGGCACUAAGGACACGGUGACUACUGGGCUCAUGGGGGCAGUGAAUGUCGCCAAAGGGACUGUCCAGACUGGCAUGGACACCACCAAGACUGUCCUAACCGGUACCAAGGACACCGUCUGCAGUGGGGUGACCGGUGCCGCGAAUGUGGCCAAAGGGGCCGUCCAGGGGGGCCUGGACACUACAAAGUCUGUCCUGACUGGCACUAAAGACGCUGUGUCCACUGGGCUCACAGGUGCUGUGAACUUGGCCAAAGGGACUGUCCAGACCGGCGUGGACACCACCAAGACUGUGUUAACCGGUACCAAGGACACCGUCUGCAGUGGGGUCACUGGUGCCAUGAAUGUGGCCAAAGGGGCUGUCCAGACUGGCGUGGACACCACAAAGACUGUGUUGACCGGUACCAAGGACACCGUCUGCAGUGGGGUCACUGGUGCCGUGAACGUGGCCAAAGGGGCCGUGCAAACUGGGCUGAACACGACCCAAAAUAUCGCUACAGGUACAAAGAACACUCUUGGCAGUGGGGUGACCGGUGCCGUGAAUGUGGCAAAAGGGGCCGUCCAGACAGGUGUAGACACAGCCAAGACCGUGCUGACUGGCACCAAGGACACAGUGACUACUGGGCUCGUGGGGGCAGUGAAUGUUGCCAAAGGGACCGUCCAGACUGGCAUGGACACCACCAAGACUACUGUGCUGACCGGUACCAAGGACACUGUCUGCACUGGGGUCACUGGUGCCGUGAACGUGGCCAAGGGGGCCGUGCAAACUGGGCUGAACACGACCCAAAAUAUCGCUACAGGUACAAAGAACACCCUUGGCAGUGGGGUGACCGGUGCCGUGAAUGUGGCGAAAGGGGCCGUCCAGAAAGGUGUAGACACAGCCAAGACCGUGCUGACCAGCACCAAGGACACAGUGACUACUGGGCUCAUGGGGGCAGUGAAUGUCGCCAAAGGGACCGUCCAGACUGGCAUGGACACCACCAAGACUGUCCUAACAGGUACCAAGGACACCGUCUGCGGUGGGGUGACCGGUGCCGCGAAUGUGGCCAAAGGGGCCGUCCAGGGGGGCCUGGACACCACCAAGUCUGUCCUGACUGGCACUAAAGACGCUGUGUCCACUGGGCUCACAGGCGCUGUAAACUUGGCCAAAGGGACCGUUCAGACUGGCGUGGACACCACCAAGACUGUGUUAACCGGUACCAAGGACACCGUCUGUGGUGGGGUGACCGGUGCCGCGAAUGUGGCCAAAGGGGCCGUCCAGGGGGGCCUGGACACUACCAAGUCUACCAUGCUGACUGGCACUAAGGACACAGUGACUACGGGGCUCAUGGGGGCAGUGAAUGUCGCCAAAGGGACUGUCCAGACUGGCAUGGACACCACCAAGACUGUCCUAACCGGUACCAAGGACACCGUCUGCGGUGGGGUGACCGGUGCCAUGAAUGUGGCCAAAGGGGCCGUCCAGGGGGGCCUGGACACUACAAAGUCUGUCCUGACUGGCACUAAAGACGCUGUGUCCACUGGGCUCACAGGUGCUGUGAACUUGGCCAAAGGGACUGUCCAGACCGGCGUGGCCACCACCAAGACUGUGUUAACCGGUACCAAGGACACCGUCUGCAGUGGAGUCACUGGUGCUGUGAAUGUGGGCAAAGGUACCAUUCAGACAGGUGUGGACACAGCCAAGACGGUGCUGAGUGGCACUAAGGAUGCAGUGACUACUGGAGUCGUGGGGGCAGUGAACGUGGCCAAAGGAACCAUGCAGACUGGUGUGGACACCUCCAAGGCUGUGCUAACGGGUACCAAGGACACCGUCUGCAGUGGGGUGACCGGUGCCAUGAGCAUGGCCAAAGGCGCCAUCCAGGGGGGCCUGGAUACCACCAAGGCAGUGCUGACCGGAACCAAAGACGCAGCGUCUGCUGGGCUCAUGGGGUCAGGGAACGUGGCAACAGGGGCCAUCCACACUGGCCUCAGCACCUUCCAGAAUUGGUUACCUAGUACCCAGGCCACCUCCUGCAGUGGACUCGCCAGUUCCAGGACCACAGACAAUGGUGGGGAGCAGACUGCCCUGAGCCCCCGAGAGGCCCCAUUCGCUGGCAUCUCCAGGCCCCCAGAUAUGCUCAGUGUAGGCCUGGAGCCUGCCUGGGAAGCCACAGCCACAACCAAGAGCCUUGCAACUGACGUGGCCACUUUCACCCAAGGGGUCGCCCUGGGCAGGGAGGACAUGGGGCCCUUGGCCACCACACACAGCCCCAAAGAAGCCCCACGCUUGGCGAUGCUGCGGAAUGAGUUGGAGGGACUGGGGGACAUCUUCCACCCCAUGAAUGCGGAGGAGCAAGCUCAGUUGGCUGCCUCCCAGCCCGGGCCGAAGGUGCUGUCGGCAGAGCAGGGGAGCUACUUCGUUCGUUUAGGUGACCUGGGUCCCAGCUUCCGCCAGCGGGCAUUUGAACACACGGUGAGCCACCUGCAGCAUGGCCAGUUCCAAGCCAGAGACACUCUGGCCCAGCUCCAGGAUUGCUUCAAGCUGAUUGAAGAGGCCCAGCAGGCUCCAGAGGGGCAGCCGUGUAUGGACCAGGGCUCAGGUGCCAGUGUGGAGGAUGCUACUGUCCAGGAGGAGCGGGACGCCGGGGCACUGUCCAGGGUCUGCGGCCUUCUCCAGCAGCUGCACACGGCCUACAGUGGCCUGGCCUCCAGCCUCCAGGGCCUGCCCGCCGAGCUUCAGCAGCCGGUGAAGCAGGCGCGGCGCAGCCUCUGUGAGCUCUAUGGCGUCGUGGCCUCGGCCGGCUCUGUAGAGGCGCUGCCCGCAGAGCAGCUGGUGCAGUGCCGCGAGCGUGUGCACCAGGCGUGGCAGGGGCUAGAGCAGCUGCUGGAGGGCCUACAGCACAACCCCCCGCUCAGCUGGCUGGUAGGGCCCUUCGCCUUGCCCCCCGGCGGGCAGCAGCUGUAGGAGCCUGCAGGCCCGGGGCAGGGUCGCCCUGCUCUGCCCAGAGAGGAGCUGCCUCAGAACCUUCUUUCCAGCCCCAAAUCUGGAUCGGUUUCCUAAAGCCCUAGACCUUUGGGGCUGCAGCUAGCUGAGCACUGAGGGGCUGCGGAGGCAGCGACCUUCUGAGCGGAGCCACCCCACGCCCUGCUCCAGGACUGCCUGCACCUCCCACCUCCUCCCCAGCACUGCCUGCCCCUCUCGGAGCCUGGGGUCGCUCAGACUGCCAGCCAGGAGCCUUCCCUUGAAGACCCUGAGCGAGUACUGCAAUUAGGAAAGAGAAAAAGCAGCGUUCCCAGUCUGGAAGGGCAUCCAUUUGCCCCGAUAGCAACCCUUUUCUAUCUAGCAGGGCUCUUCCAGUCCUGCAGCACGGGCCCCCAGCUACCAGCGGUGCAGGCAGUGCUGUGGCAUCCCAGGCUCCAGGCCGCUCCGUCCUUGUGCUGAAAGCGGGUCUCUGGCCUUAGCGCACCUUGAGGGUCUUAAGAACCACAUUCCCUCAUACUAGAAGGUACUAAAAAUGUGAAACUUGGCAGGGUGCGGUGGCUCACGCCUGUAGUCCCAGCACUUUGGGAGGCCGAGGCGGGCAGAUCACGAGGUCAGGAGAUUGAGACCAUCCUGGCUAACACGGUGAAAC